GGACGCAAUGCAUCGGCUUGCUACAACUGCCAUCGCCAAAAGGUCAAAUGCACUGGGGAGCAACCAUGUCAGCGAUGCUCGAAGGGUCAGAAGGCCUGCGUGUACCCUGAAACUCAAGACAGUAUAAUACCCAUGCCGGAAACAUACCUACGGAACCUGGACCGCUCACUGAACGAACUGACCGACGCAAUCCGCACGCAUCGGUUUCACCAUGCUGAACCCAUUUUAGCCAGCAAUCCUUGGACUCAUGAUCGGAGACCCGUUAAUCAAUGCCAGUCCCAGCCAGAGUACCCGGCUAGACGAGGUGCCCCCGAUUCGCUGGUCGAAGAUUCGACCGUGGAGGCUUUCAUCCGCAGGCUGCGUGAGGCCGUGGGCCAAGAAACCAACCACCUCACACCUAUCCCACCACGAGAUCACGGAGAGGAGAGAUCAGAAACUUUGCUGAGCAGGGAAAGCCUGUCGCUGCCCCCGUACGAAUACGCAUCACAGCUAGUGGCCAGAGCAGAACAAGAGUUCGGCGACUGCCACACCUUCCUUCGCAAGUCGUUUUUAAGGCGGUUUCAUGCCACAUACCGUGGCCAGCAGUCUGAGACCUAUGAUAGGAAAUGGCUAUGUCGCCUCUUCUUCGUUUUGGCGCUCGCGGAAUGUACAACAACCACUAAACAGCCGAUCCAGCUUACCUUAGACAGAGCAGUGGCCCAGGCGACCCAAAUGGAAGGUUUUGCUCCAUCAGAAAACAUGCUGUCUUCUGGAGUGGAGCUUUUCGAGCACGGCCUCUCGCUGCUCAACACAUCCUAUGAGGAACCCACCGUCGACGAUGUGGAGGCUUUGAACUUGGCUGUAAAUGACUGUCUGCAUCUUCAAUAGGCUCAAAGUAAUCUAACUGUUGCGAAAUAUAGUCCCACUGCUGCUACAUCCUGAACCGCCGCAUGUCCGCCUAUGCGUACGCUGGACAGAGCGUACGACUAGCCCAUUGCUUGGGACUGGACCAUCCAGCACCUAAGUCCCUGUCCAAACUGGAGCAGGAACACAGGAAGCGGGUCUGGUGGACUGCCUUCUGCGUGGACCGAAUGAUCAGCACAGAGCUUGCUUUGCACCCUGCAUAUACUGGUCUUGGCCAGGAGCUUGGCUAUCCAGACUCUUCUGGCUUGACAGAUGAAGAAGAGGAAGAGUUCUUUGACCCAGUCUUACUAACAGCAUUAAUUAAGUUGUGCGAGAUCAAGACAGAUGUUGUGAAUACCGUCAGUCGGCUCAAGCAUAAAGAUAUCACAGAGCCAUAUCAAGUCUUGCGUCAAUGUCUACAAGGAUUAGACCGAUGCGGGAGGGAAUUGCCCGAGAGAGUGUUUUCUGGGGGCAGCUCGCUCCCAGAGAACCGCAUAUGCUCGUCUCUUGCGCUGCGCUACCAUCAGUGUUAUAUUAUGCUUCUCCGGCCUAUUCUUUUACAUCAAUUCACGUUUAUGCUCCGUAACAAAAUAGUUGUUGCACUAUCUGACGAGCUUUACACUAUCAACAACAUAUGUCUUCAAGCCGCGCGAAGCAAUGCCCGAAUUCUGCUCGAGCUGGCCCAAGCAGGAGAGCUCGUGAGAUACGGCUAUUGGGACUCAGCUCACCUCUUCUCGAGCCUCGCUAUCCUCACUAUCGCUCAAUCCAUGCGCAACCACCAGCCCAACGCCUUUAGCUGCACCAGAGAGGACAUGUUGCGCGACGCGGAAACGUACAGCAAAGGGCGGAAUGUACUCGUGCACAUGGUGCAAACAGGGAACAUGGCCUCAAGGCAGCAUCUCAGCAUGCUUGAAGAGGUCGAACGUCACGGCACUGUUCUGUCUGCGCUGACGGCCAGGGACGAUGCGCUGCCUGUGGAAUCAUCGUCUUCGGAAGAGGUGACCACGGAGAUGGAACUGGAUUUUGAGUGGUGGGCAUCGUUGAGUAGCAUGUCUGCCCAGACUACUAGUGGUACUGGAGGCGAUCCAUUUGCUUUCUUAUAAUCGAGUUUUGAUCUGGAGUAGGUUGGCUUGUCGUGCCACUACAGCUUGAGGGAACCCGGCCAUGCCGAAUGACUUGGGUUUAGGGAUGUAACUUGGCAAAUAUCAUGAUCAAGUAACUAGCUGCCGAACCAUCUUGAAUUAUAUUCAUUGAUAAUCUCGCUACUUUGUAGGAGCGCCCAUAGCAUGAGUGCGGAUAU